AUGUCUCAUGAACGUGCUUGCGGCAGACAUUCCUCAUGCGUCUCUCAUCUCUAUCAGAUCUCCUUGCACUUUAUGCAAGUCUGCGAUGUUCUCGGAUAUCAUAAAUUCAUUCGCCUCUCCCUGGAUAUCAUCCUAGGAAACAAACAGCAGCGCCGGAAAUGGAUACACGGUCUUGGAGACAACGACGGUGUUCCUCUAGCUGCGACACAGGAAACCAGAGGCUGGUGGAUCAUGGGAGAGUUCGUGCCAUCCAGAAUUGGCCCGUCUAUCGAGGAGUGUUAUGCAUGCUCAUCGAGUUCCGGUUCCACCUCUCCCUGCCUAUCACCUGACACAACAGACGCGAUGAGCGUCGCCUUUCCUGUUGGAAGUGCUCUCUACAAUUCUCUCAUUUCUCCCAUGCUCACCCUUUCGUGCGGCAAGCUCUACAUGUCGGAUGUUAGGUAUGAUGACACACUGUGGAUGCACCUUGUCAAAUGGCGGGACCUCACAUACCCUCUGCGUCUCGGGGUGGCCAUCUCCGCAGAAUUGGAUGCAUCUUAUAUUGAGAGUACUCGCUAG